GCGCCCUCGUCCUCUCCAUCCAUCAUCUUCCUGCAAGUCUGCGCAGCGGCCGUAGGCAUGGCCAACUCCGACAGGGUAGUGUUGGCUCUGGGAGGAGCGGGGACUGUGGGCUCUGGGGUGGUUAAGGCACUGCUGGAUAAAGGUUUUAAGGUGGCAGUGAUCUCCAGGGACAGCAGCCGACUGGAAAGACUCCGGUCUCUCGUCUCUCCCAACACUAAGGAUAACCUCACUACUAUUGUGGGGAAUGUAGGGUCAGAGGAAGGAGCCGAGCAGGCGAAGCAGGACCUGCUGAAGAAGGUGGGGAAGGUGACGGAUAUUGUUUCCUCUCUGGGCUUCAGCUGGUGGCAGGGAGGACCCCCCCACACCCAGUCCCUCAAAGACUUAAACUGGGUAAUCGAGACUUUAUUAUUCAGCACAUUCGUGUCCUGGAAGGCUUUCUUCCCCCUGGUGAGGGACAACUCUGACUGUACAUACACCUUCAUCACAGGUGGAGCCGGAGAAAAGCUGCUGAUGCCCGGGACCGGCUUCCUGACGGUGGGAGCGGCCAGCACUCUAGCCUUCUGCCAGGUGCUGCGGGAGGAGUACCCCGAGGUGCCCUGCAAACUCAACCAGGUGAAGAUCAACACAGGUGUCGGCACCCCAGAACGCAUGGCUCCUGGCUACCUGAACCACCUUGACCUGGGUGAAGCGGUCGCCACUCUCUUGGAGCGGCGAAACAAAUCCCACACUGUUUUCACCCUCAACGGCCCUGCGGAUUUAAAGAGUGUCCUUCUGGAGGGAAACCUUUAGUCUCAUUGACGCUUCCUGCAGCCCUCGCUUGUCACUGCUUCUGCUCCUGCACUCACCAGAAACACAUCAUCCAUCAUACAGCAUCCUGAGCUUAUUUGAUCACCUACAACUCUGAACUUCAUGCAUACAAUAUAUUAUAAGUUGCCUUGCCUGUCUUAGGUGAUUAGCAAGUGUUUUAUCUGCAUGUGCUCUUGUGUACUAGGCAAAAUGAAAACAAGAUUUCUAAGACAUUCUCAUUUCAACCUUUUCACAUUAUCAUGCACUUCUUAUUUUAGCAUUUACGUUAGCAGAAGACAUUAUAUCCAAUACGACGCUGCAGUGUCCCCCGUGCACCUCCAAACAGUUUUUGGCAUAAAAGCAGACUUCUGUAAACGUUGGGACAGAGCAGCUGGAGAGUGAUGGCAGAGGAAAGAGGCUUUCAGUAAAUUCUUCUGUUUAUUUUUUUAUUUUAUUUUUUACAAAUGUUUCAGAAUAAGUAUAUCCUGGAAACGUACGUAUGUGGAAACAUACCGUGUAGAGGUUUUGACUACUUUUCUCUGCAGUUUUGUUGAUUCUCAUGUGGUGCAACUGCCAAGAAAUGCAGCACUGCACACGAGAAAGUUAACGCAGACUAAAAUGUUCAUACAAAAAUCCCUUGUUUUUACAGUUGCCCUGCAGGCUACCUUCAACAUCUUUGAAGAAAGAAGGCUUAAAACACCCACACUUAAAUCAGCGUUUAAAUAUGAGAUGUUGCUACUGUAUGUCCUGACAGAGACACUGAAGCAUUCACAGCCCUCAGCGUCUUGUAGAAGGAGAAUGUAAAACCAGAGCUGAAUUAAGGUCACACCCUGUUAUCCAUGAGUUCAGUUUUUAACUGUGUACAGCUAAAGAAGUUUUUUUUUCCUUCUUUAUCUACUGGAUUCUAAUGUUGGACACUUGAAGGUGACGCUUCAAGUCUGCCAUCACAGCCUCCACUUCCUCUGCAUGAACUUCAGCGAAGCAAGUCUCAACAGAACUUACACCAAUAUGUAACAGAUGUGUCUGAUUUUUAAAGAACGAUUUGGAGUGAAUAUUAAAUUGAGAGUCAUUCUUAGAACUCCAAAAACCAUAUGAGACACUUUACGACUGUCAGCAAGCACUUUGGUUGUUGCAAUACUGACUAAGCAAUACUGACUAAGUGUAUGCGACCUGUCAGACCUUAACAUUAUUGAUUAGACAGUGUGGUAAGAAGGCAGUUCCUGACACUGUUACAACUUGUUUAAAGCGUACAGUAAGUGUAUUCAGUAUAAUGAGUGAUCCAGUAGCAUGAUGGCAUGAUAUUGAAACCUGCCUGAUUACAAAUACCACAGCUUUGAGCAUUUUAGCCUCUUUGUGGAACUUUGGUUCAAAGUAAAUCUCAAUAUGCAGCUUUUUGCAUUCAAAUACCAAUAAACAUGACAUAUUCAACA